AUGCAAUCAACUAUGAAGAUGUUUGGCAUUAUCCUGAUUGUUAUCUCCUUUGUGUCCUGUGGUCCUUCGGCUCCUCAGAUGAAAACAAGAGAUGUUGCAGAAAGAACACACAGAUGUUUCAUUGUCCAUGGUACAUGCAAGUCUGCAUGCAACAACUUGGAGUAUGAAUACUCUUACUGUAACACUGGGCCCUGCUGUGUUAUGCAAGAGUAA